GGAGGCUGAGGCUGCGCUCGGGCCCUGUGUGUCAGCGUUGGACGAUUUUCUGUUUCCAGUUGAAGGAAGCCCUCCGGUGUGCUGUGGGCCGGGUAGGCCCUUUUCUGCACCCUUCUUCUCUCCAGCCGAGCUCGCCGGUGUGGGCAGACCUUGCCAGGCCGCCGAGGCUCCAGUACUCCCAGCGCCAAGCUUUGUUUGGGCGCUCGGCCCCACCCACCGGAACUCGUUGCCCAGCCCGGGUGAGGCGGAUGGAGAUGACUGUCUGACUGUCUUGGGCUUCUUGUGCACAUAGAGGUGACAUGAGUGUGCAUGGCACGUAGACUUGCCUAGUACCACUAUCAAGAGCUGGAAAGAUGUCUGACAGAAACCACACAGCUGCCAAAGCUUCCCUUAUUGAGCAACUGAUGUCAAAAAGGAAUUUUGAGGAUCUUGGCAACCAUCUUGCCGAGCUAGAAAUGAUUUAUGUGACUAAGGAGCAUCUCCAGGAGACGGACGUGGUCAGAGCUGUGUACAGAGUCCUCAAGAACUGUCCCUCAGUGGCCUUGAAAAAGAGAGCCAAGUGCUUGCUGGCAAAGUGGAAAGCUCUUUAUAAGGAGACUCACUUGAAAACAAGAGACAGCCUUAAAUUGUCCUCUCCAGGUGGUAGUAAAGAAGAAAAGGCCACAGUUUCUCUGGACCACCGUCCAGAGGAGAUGGUGGGCAGCUGCAGUUCUGAUUCUCUGCCCUCAUCUCAAGACGUUGCAGCCCCCACAGAAAUGAUCAUACCCCAAAAUAGCACUGGCAAAACGGAUGCUAAAGAAGAACAUUUCGGGAGUGGUGACCCUAAACCCACUGGCAGUGGGCCAGGUGAGUUACAGGAUCCUACAAUGCCCCUGAGAGAUAAGUGCAUCGAGCUUCUCUAUAUGGCUUUAACUUGUUCUUCCCCAGAUCAGGCAAAUGCUGAUUUGUGGCAAAACUUUGCAAGAGAAAUUGAAGAACACAUUUUUACCCUUUACUCAAAGAACAUCAAAAAAUACAAAACUUGUAUCCGAAGUAAAGUUGCCAACUUGAAGAACCCCAGCAAUUGUCACUUGCAACAAAACUUGCUCUCUGGGACUAUGUCUCCAAAAGAAUUUGCUGAGAUGACCGCCAUGGACAUGGCCAACAAGGAGCUGAAGCAGCUAAGAGCUGCUUACACAGAGUCCUGUAUCCGGGAACAUUACCUUCCCCAAGUGAUGGAUGGCACACCCACAGCCAAGAUCAGAUGCAGGCGCUGUGAGAGAUACAAUUGCAAGGUUACUGCGAUUGCCAGAGGGACACUUUUCCUUCCAAGUUGGGUGCGGAAUUCAAACCCAGAUGACCAAAUGAUGACCUAUGUGAUUUGUAAUGAAUGCGGCGAGCAGUGGUACCAUAGCAAGUGGGUGUGCUUGUAAUUGUACACAGAUGUUUCCUUAGUCACAGAUACCUCGAGGGUUAACUUGUAUUUGCACAACCCUUUUGUGCUUGUUAAAAAAAAAUUAUAUAUACCUUUCUCUUUUUUUUACUUGAAAAAGCAUACUUUAUUUCAGUGGCAAGCAUUUUCAUCAAUAUUAAGAGGCGUACUUGGGCUCAUGAGCAGAAGUUUCUCAUACAACCUGGAUAUAUUUCCUGUCAUAUGUAUGCAUAUGUAUAUAUGUAAAUUUUCUUCAAGUUGCUAAAUUGCCCAGAGUAGUUUGGAAAUUGUGAUGCUCGUGCUAUGAGGGCUGGGUUUAGAGACAUGUGCCUCCUCACCCAGGUGUAAAUUGCCUUGAUUUUAAUAAUCUGCCUCUUUAUUUUAUUUACUUAUGGGGGGUAGUGAA